UUAGUAAAUUAUCGGGAUACUCAGCGCAGGAGUGAACGAACGACUGUAAACUUAUCUGGGUAUCAAACAGUGAUGCACUUUGUACCUGUGAUAUUGGGGUAAUCUUUGCAUUCGGGCGCAUACCAACGUACAACCGUCGAGAACUUUCGCAGACGAGAGCGGUGCCGUAGCGACGACGACGAUUUGUGCAACGAAACCAGAUUUGAGUGUUCCCGAAACCCGAAACACGACAAUGUCCUCCUCCGAUGGAAAACUGCGUUACGAUGGCCGUGUGGCGGUGGUGACGGGAGCUGGCGCCGGACUGGGCCGGGAGUACGCCCUCCUGCUGGCGGAACGGGGCGCCAAGGUGGUGGUCAACGACCUGGGGGGCACCCACUCCGGCGAGGGCGCCUCGCAGCGGGCCGCCGACAUUGUGGUGGAGGAGAUCCGGAAGGCCGGCGGUGAGGCGGUGGCCGACUACAACUCCGUGAUCGAGGGGGCAAAGGUCAUCGAGACGGCGGUGAACGCCUUCGGACGCGUGGACAUCCUGGUCAACAACGCCGGCAUCCUGCGCGACCGCAGCCUGGUGAAGACCAGCGAACAGGACUGGAACCUGGUCAACGACGUCCAUCUGAAGGGCAGCUUCAAGUGCACCCAGGCCGCAUUCGCGCACAUGAAGAAGCAGAACUACGGCCGCAUCAUCAUGACCUCGUCCAACUCGGGCAUCUACGGCAACUUUGGCCAGGCCAACUACUCGGCGGCAAAGAUGGGCCUCGUCGGCCUGGCCAACACGGUGGCCAUCGAGGGCGCCCGCAACAACAUCCUGUGCAACGUCAUCGUGCCCACGGCCGCCAGCCGCAUGACCGAGGGCAUCCUCCCCGACAUCCUCUUCAACGAGCUGAAGCCCAAGCUGAUCGCCCCCGUGGUGGCCUACCUGUGCCACGAGUCCUGCGAGGACAAUGGCAGUUAUAUCGAGAGCGCCGCCGGCUGGGCCACCAAGGUGCACACUGUGCGAGGCCAGGGCGCCGUGCUGCGCCCCACGCUGGACGAGCCCGUGACCAUUGAGUACGUGAAGGAUGUGUGGUCGAAGGUGACGGACAUGUCCAAGGCCAAGCACUUGGGCGCCAUCGCAGAGGCCUCCGGCACCCUGCUGGAAGUGCUGGAGAAGCUGAAGGCGGGCGGCGGCGACGCCGUGGAGGACACCUUCGAGUUCAACAGCAAGGCGCUCAUCACCUACGCCCUGGGCAUCGGGGCAUCUAUCAAAAACGCCAAGGACAUGCGCUUCCUGUAUGAGAACGAUGCCGACUUCGCCGCCAUUCCAUCGUUCUUCGUUUUGCCCGGCCUCCUGCUGGCCAUGUCCACCGACAAGCUGAUCAGCAAGGCCCUGCCCAACACCCAGGUUGAUUUCUCCAACAUUCUGCACGGCGAGCAGUACCUGGAGAUCGUCGACGACCUGCCCACCAGCGGCACUCUGCUGACCAGCGGCAAGGUGUUCGAUGUGAUGGACAAGGGAUCCGGCGCCGUGGUCGUCACCAAUACCGACUCAUAUGACGAGAGCGGCCGUCUGUUGGUGCGCAACCAGAGCAGCACGUUCGUGGUCGGCGCUGGCAAAUUCGGCGGCAAGAAGGAGCCCAUCGCCGGAGUCGUUCCGCUCCAGCCGGCACCCAGUCGCCAGCCGGACGCAACCAUUCAGUACGUCACGAGCGAGGACCAGGCGGCGCUCUACCGCCUCUCCGGCGACAGUAACCCCCUGCACAUCGAUCCCCAGAUGGCCCUGUUGGCCGGAUUUAAGACACCUAUUCUACAUGGACUCUGCACACUGGGCUUCUCCGUACGCGCCGUUCUUUCGCAGUUCGCGGACAAUAACCCGGCCAUAUUUAAGGCCGUCAAAGUCCGUUUCUCCGGACCCGUGAUUCCAGGCCAGAGCCUGCGCGUGGACAUGUGGAAGCAGGGCACCCGCAUCAACUUCCGCACUGUCGUUGUGGAGACUGGAAAGGAGGUCAUAUCCGGCGCCUACGUGGACCUCAAGAGCGCACCGGCCAAGCUGUAAGAUGACCCCUCUGUAUCGCGUCCGAUAACUAUGUACAUAUAGUAAAAUGUUCAUACUUAUGCUAUUGUUUAAACACCCGUGGUGAAAGAAGUAUUUUUUGUAAAACGUUUUAAUAUUCCAAAUAAACUUGACCUGACAAUUAUAAAACACCAA